AUGCCCACGAGCGCUGAAAUCUGUGCCUUCUUCUUUGAUGAGGGAACCGACUAUCGCUACACCCGCAAGAUCUGCAAUGGAGCUCGCAAGCGGGCCCCGGCUACCGGCUACUCCAACCUUGUCUCCCACUUGGGCACCAAGCACCCAGACUUCUUGACUGAGAUGGCUACAUCUCGCCAUGCGGAGAACGGGACGAUAGAGUCCUUUGGUUUCGUCUCAAAGGCGGUGGACCAUUUGUACCGCUGGCUACGCUGGGUUGUGGCACGCAACCUUCCGCCCUGUGAGGUAGAUGACCCGCUCACGCGCGCAAUGUCGUGUCGAAGACCUACAGGCUCGAAGACAAUGAAGGAAAAUAUGCACCUUGCCGCCGCCAAAAUCGGCAAGUUGCUUGAAGAGGAGAUGGGCGACGCAUGUGCAGGAGCAUUGCUCUCAUAG